CAGACUCGCCGGAAGCGACUGCUGCCGCCUGGACCGUGACUUCCGCGCGGAGGUAACUAGGCUCGGUCGGUUCUGGAAACUUAGCAGCUUCAUGUUCAGGCCGCAGUGCUCGUCAUCAUGAAGAAGCAGGCCAAGAAGGUGCCGAAGGAGGAGGAGGAGGUCUUGUGUUGCUGCGAGUAUGUGAACCGACGUGGAGAGCGAAGUCAUGUGGCAGCUUGUUGCUGUGACUGCGAGGACCUGGACGAUGCCUGUGACCGGUUUCUGAAGAAGGAGCCUCAGAAGUCUGAGUCCUUGUCUCAGAUAGCUGCAGUCGUCUCCGACCGGAUUCGUGUCCCCUGGUUGUGGGGCGGAGCUCAAAAACUAGAUCUGUCCAUCAUCCCUCCUCUUCUUCUCCUUCCUGCCUUGCUGCACCUCGCUGCGCUCCACUUCCUGCUUGGCAUGGUGGUUCUUACGGCUCUGCCCGGCUUGGUGUUGUGGUAUUACUAUUUCACCCACCGCAAGAAGGGACGGACGCUGUUCUUCCUCAGCCUGGCGCUCUUCUCGUUGGGCUACAUGUAUUACCUGUUCAUCUCGGAGGUGCUUCUGCGUGGGGAUGUGGGACAGGUGGAGUUGGCGGCUGUAAGUUUAGGGGUCAUCUUCACCCUGCUCGCCUUUCUCCACACCAGAAGAGGUCCUGGCGUCGUUCGGCCAAACAAAGAGGCCAUCCACAGCACGGUGACGUAUUACAGCCCCUUGCCAGACAGAGACUCCUCCCUCAACGGGGGCAGGCAGGAUGAUUUGAUGACCGCGACCCACUGGACGGGGUCAUCGGAGCAAGAAGGGGCAGAAAGCAGCCCGAGGAACUGGUGCUCGGUGUGCCGGGUGGCGCGGCCUCCAAGGGCGGGGCAUUGUCGGAUCUGUGGCGUCUGUGUGCUGCGUCUCGACCACCACUGCGUCUGGAUAAACAGCUGCGUCGGACAGGCCAAUCACCGCAGCUUCCUGCUCACACUCCUCUUCUUCCUGACGACGUCCCUGUACGGCAUCAGCCUGGUGCUGCGGAGCGUGUGUCCACGGCGAAACCUCGUCACCGCAUUAAUCUACUGCCCUGGAGUUUACAACCAAUACAGCACUGCACUUUGUUUCACCUGUGCGUGGUACAGCAGUAUAGUGACCGGCGGGCUGCUCCAUCUGCUGUUAGUGCAGGUCAUCAAUAUCAGCUACAACGUGACCGAGCGAGAGGCGCGAGCCGCCCUGAGAGAGAGAACUGCACGCAGCGCUUACUGGGGGCUCGUCGUGGACACUGGUGUUUAUUCUCAAGGCCUGCGUGGGAACUGGUCCGAGUUCAUGACCAUGGGAGACAAGCUGAAGCCUGUUUCUUCUUCAGAUGUAGUUUGACUUCUGUCAGUAGUUCUGUCGUCGUCCACUAGAUGGCAGCUUUACUUCAUACAAGCUCUAUCAGUCAGCUGUUUGCAGUGGAGUCACUUUAUCUCUAUGCAGCCUUGGAGUUGCACAGACUCUGACUCUUCAGCUUCACACCCCGAUAAUAUGCGUUCACUGCCUUUAAUGUGACAACAUGUCAUCUAUGCAGCUGAAUCCACG